GGCAUGAAAUUUCUACCCAAAUAAACCCAAAGAAGAUCAGCUCAAAAUCAGGAGAAGCAUCAUGGAAAAUCAACUCACAUGGAUGGGCAUUAAGCAUUGAUUUGUAGGAAAGAAGUAGGAAACUUCCUUGUUGUAUUCUUCCUUCAUUGUUCUUGUAUUUUUCCUUAUUUGUUGUUGUAUAAAUACUUCAGCCAUGAGGCCAUUGUAACAGAACCAGAUUAUUGAAUUAAAAACCUUGUUUACUCUUUUGAGUAAUUCCUUUAAAAUAGUGUGAUGCUAUUUUAUCCAAAUUUCCUAAUGAAAUAUCUCUAAAGUUGGCUACUUUAGGAUGCUGUUGAUUUUGGAAAUUGGAUAUCUUGAUCAGAAAUGUCAGAGACAAACAAUGUCGCCAAAGCAGCCAUCUUCAAGACACUUGAUCCCAUCACCUUCUCCAAGAUCAAGCAUCUCAAGACUGCCAUGGAGAUUUGGCAAGGUCUUGGGAAGCUAUGUGAGGGAUUAGAGGACCUGAGAAAGCAGAAGAUAGAAGUCCUACUUGAGAAGUUCAAAAGCUUCAAAAUGCUUCCCGGAGAAUCAUUUGAUAUGUUGGAUGAAAGAUUCCACAAAAUCUUGAAUGAUCUUGCAUCACUUAACCACGUUCUUUCUCCCAAGGAAAAGAAUGUAAGGUUAAUGAGAUCACUUCCAACCGAGUGGUACACCAAAGCCACAGCAAUGGAAGAAGGAAGAAACUGGGAGAACUACACAGUCCAAGGUCUCCUUGAUGAGCUCAGAACCUAUGAGCACGAGCUGAAGAAGAAGAAGGAAGAACAAGUCACUCCCUUCCCCACGGCGCUGAUGACAACUCCAAGAGUCCCAUCAACAUGCCCGUACCCAAAGGUGGAGAAGUACGGAGAAAGAGAAAGAAACGAGAAGAAAAAGAAGGCAAUGGUUGCUGCUGAAAGUGACGAGUCAUCCAGCUCAAGCUCGGAUGAAGAAGCCUUCGUCUGCAUGGAGCGCAGAGCUGAGAAGUCCAACCAUGAGGAUAGGUGGACUAUGUCAGAAGAUGACACUCUCUACCUAAUGGCCAAAGAUGAUGCUGAUCAAGAGGUAACCUCACAAAGCUCCUGCUCAUCUUCUUAUGAAAGCAUACCAACUUCUGAAAAUCUUUUUGACCAGUUCAAAAAGAUGAUGGAAGAUUUUGAGGAGAUAAAUCUCAAACACUCAUCCUUAACAGAAGAGAACAAGUUAUUAAGUGAAGAGAAUCUCAAGUUGACUGAAGGUCGGAAAAGUCAACUAGAUGAGAUCACUCAACUUAAAGCUGAAAAUGAAUCUCUCUCUGAAAAGGUGAAACCCCUCAACAAGGAGCUAGGGAUACUUAAGUCCAAAGAAGCAGUGGAUAAGCUUCUUGAAACGACCAAACAUAAGGGUCGUGAAGGACUUGGGUUUGACCCCUCCAGUUCCAAAAAGAAAGGGAGAACAACUUUCAUCCCUCCUAAACCUACUGCUAAACCCAAUAAGCAGAAAGGAAAGGAGAAGGAGAAACCAACAGAAGUUCCCAAAAAGAAAGCCGCUAAGUACCCAGGUGUCUGGUACUUAGACAGUGGCUGUUCAAGACACAUGACGGGUGAUGCGAGCCUUUUGAGCAAUCUAAUUCCCUAUGAUGGUCCAAGAGUUACUUUUGGAGGAAGCAAUGAUUUUGGCCUUACUAAAGGGCUAGGAAAUCUGGUGUACAAGGGACUAACCAUCCAAGCUGUAUCUUAUGUUGAAGANAUGACGGGUGAUGCGAGCCUUUUGAGCAAUCUAAUUCCCUAUGAUGGUCCAAGAGUUACUUUUGGAGGAAGCAAUGAUUUUGGCCUUACUAAAGGGCUAGGAAAUCUGGUGUACAAGGGACUAACCAUCCAAGCUGUAUCUUAUGUUGAAGGUCUCAAUUAUAACCUUCUUAGCAUAAGUCAGUUUUGUGAUAAAGGUUACUCCUUGGAAUUCUGCAAGGACAUGGCAUCCCUCAAGAACAUCUCCACAAAUGAAGUCAUUCUCACUGGGAAGAGAAUCAGGAACAUCUAUGAAGUGAUAUGGGACGAUGUCAAGGAAGCAUGCCUAAUCAGCAAAGAAAAGGAUGAAGAAAUCAAUGAAGGAGAUAGAAUGAAGCCUAUGAAGUUCAUUCCAUUCGGAAGUCUACCACUAAAGACUUCACAAAGAAAUCCGGAUUCAGACAGUGCUGAGCCUACCGGAAAUCAUGGCCAGCCUUCCAUUAUUCCGGAUCAGUCAAAUGUUGACAAUUCCGGAAAUGGCAACCCAGUGUCAAUCCAUCCGGAAUCACUAACAAACUCUGUUCUUCAACCAGAAGCUGAACUAGAUCAACCAGUCAACCCUAAUCAACACAAUCUUCGUUGGACAGAGGCCGAGGCGUCCAAGUCAAAGCGUCCAAGUCCAGGCGUCCAGAUCGGGACGCUUGAGCUGCUCCGGCCAACCAGGUUUUGCCACGUGUCUUCCUUGGUCUGCAAUCCAGCUAAGGCGUCCAACUCCAAGCGUCCAACUUGGCCAAGCGUCCAAGUUGGACGCCUUGAGGCCUUGAAAUUGGAAGCCAAAUGUUCGUCAUCGGAGUUCUAUCAAAGCUAUCUAGAGAUGAUAGCUGCUCAAGAACUCUCCAAAUUCCUUCAUAUGGAGAUCCACUCCAAAUAUGAAGUUGAAGUUUUGGAAUUCUACAGAAAUGGAGAGGUCAAGACUGUUCAAUCAAAGAAGAACCCACAGAGGACGAUUCAAGUCAUAAAAUCCACUGUUGGAGGGAGAAAAGUGAAGCUUUCGCAGAAGAAAUUGGGAGAAAAGCUUCACCUUCCCAACUCUGGAGCUGAAAUCGGGAGAUUUCUAGUCAAAAAUCUGGACUGGGAUAUUAUUGGAAUUUCUAGGCAAGUUCCUUCUGGCCCAGUGAAGAAAGCAGACCUGAACAACGACUACAAACUUGUUCUGGAAUUGGUCAUCGCCUGCCUCGAGUGUGGAAGUGGAGGACAUGCUAAUGACAUCACCCAAGAGAGGGCCUUCAUCAUCAACACCCUCAUUACCAAGUCUAAGGUAAAUUGGGCUGCACAUUUCUUCAAUUCCAUCUCAAAGCAUCUGGGAAAGCCCAACCAGAAAUACCUUUGUCAAGGUCUGUACAUUGGACAUAUUUUGGAGUCUAUGGGUGCUGCUUCUGAAGGAAAGAAGUAUGAAGCCAAAUAUUGGCUAUACUACCUGUCUUUCAAAGGGGAAAACAGAGCUGGUGCUAGCACAACUGCAGAGGAUGAAGCCUCUUCAGACAAUGUGCCAAUCAUAAAUCUGAAGAAAACAGCCAAGAGGAAGCAUGUGGUGUCUCCCUCUCCAAGUGUUGAAGCACCACAGAACCUUGCUCUGGUCAAUCUGGAAGAAGUAGAAGAAGUCUCUAUCCAAGGAGAACUUCAAAGGAAGAAGAAGAGGAAAAUCACCUCUCCCUCAACUUCUGGAAAUGUCAACCCGGAUGAGUUGAAGGAGAAGGAACCAGUUGAGGACAACUCUGCCCACAACCAGAGCCCUCAACAACUAGAAGAAGAAGUUCAUCAACUCUACUAUGACUGGAGAGCUUGGAAGGUUGGAAAUUCAGCAGAGCAGUUGUUGGGAUGGGACCAACAAUUGAAGAAUGAAAAGAUCAUCAAGAAGUGCUUGGGACUGCCAGUCAACCACAGCUGUGAACAAAUUUUUGAUGAUGACUGGUUGAGGAUUUCCCAAUCUUUCCGGAAACCUCACCUGUCUUUGAAAUGGUUCUCCCUGAAGCUGACCAGGAGAAUGCAGCCUCUACUCCACAAGAACAGAAUCAAGGAGCAUCAGAGGAAGAACUUCAGCAACAUCUCCAGUCUCAAGUUCUUGAGAUUCUCACAACUGCUUGUAACCAACUUCCAUUUCCAUAGCUCUUCCAUUCCUACACUUCCGGAUGAAGUACCGGAAAUCUGGACAAAGAAGGUCCAAAGGCUGAUUGAAUCAGCCCUAGCAUCUCAGCAUGCCUCCUUUAGGCAAGAGAUAGAGCAGAUGGAAGCCAGGUACAACAAGCUGAUGGAGAAAUCCGAAGAGACACACUGCUCCAAUCUCAAGGAGAUAAGCAAAUCAGUGAACAAGACUCUAGAGAUCAUUUCUCUAUUGAGUAACUCUGUGAGCGACACAAUGGAGACAUAUGCAUCUGACAGUUAUCUUCAACUCAAAGAAGUUAACAAAAUCAGAGAGCAAAUAGCAAAUGUCACAGUCAGUCUGCAGAAGCAAAUGUCCCUUCUCCAAAUGGACAUCAGAUCGGCUCUGGCAGUAUCUUCACCGAAUCAGAGAAAUAAUCCAGAGAACUCAGCACAACAUCUAUCUAGCUCAGGACUGGAUGGAACAGAGGCUGUUGGAACCAUUGUCUCUCAUUUCUCAAAUGAUGACCAGACAAAGGAGAGAUACCGGAACAUCAGACGCAUCAAAAAACUAUGUGGAAACAUGCAAGGCAUCGGGCUGCCCAUCCGAGGCGACGACAUCGCGACAUACGGUGGCGACGAUUGGAUCCUCAACAACGAGGCGGUCGUCGUUCGCGAGCUUGGGAUCACUAACUUGAUCCGCCACACUGGCACGCCGAUGAUCCACUCAGCCCCACUGGAGAAGCGCCUCCUCCUCUACAUCCUCACCCGGAUCCUCCGCCCUCGGGAUGGCAGCCACACCUCGCUCUUUAACGAGGACUUGAAGGCAAUUCACGCCAUCAUGCACAGCGCCUCCAUCAAUUGGGCGACAUUCAUCAUGAUUCACAUAACGGAUUGCGCUUCCAUCGCCACCGAGCGGAGCUUGCCGUACGCCUUCCUUGUCAUGGACCUCAUCUCCAUAGCCGACACCCUGAAUCGGCUAACCCUCACGGUGGAAGGCAUGGGGCAAUACAUGGAGCAGAUGGACUGGACGCUGCAACGCCAACACCACGACAUGAGGGUGUUCUUCCGCGGCAUCAACUACGUCCCUCCUCCCUUUGACAGCACCAUCGUCGGCCAAAACUUUGAAGGCGAGGAUGAGGACGACGACUCCUACGCUCCGUCCUUCUCCUUCGACAAGGUUGACUUUGAGGAUGCAGUCGACGGCGAUCCCAUGGACGUCGCGGAUGACGAGGAUGACGACGAGGACGACGACGCCGACUCCUAGACUCUUCUUACUUUUUAUUUAAUAUGAUUGCAUUUUUUUAAUUUCUAUUCCGUUGUAUUCCGCAUUUCCCUUUAAUGAAUAAAAGUUUACUUU